GAACAAACACAGAUAAGCUUCGGGACACUGGUUAGACAGAGAGAUGAAGCCAUGAUCUUGACAGGUCCCAGUCGGUGUCUUCCUUCUCCGGCCACCGUCCAGGAGCUGUUCUCUGUGGCUCGGGAUGCCAACAUCCUCCCAGACAUCUCCUUGGAUCCCGUCCUCACGACUUUCCUUUCACUGGAUUCCUUUCCUGCGCUGCAGCACCAGUACGAAUUCUUACAGCGGAGCAUGAGCAAAGAGCAGCAGACUACGUUUAACCUUAACCUCACCCGGGAGGUGGGCUGCUGCAGGGUUUCAUAUGGAGGAGUGGGGGUCAUUGCUCUGGCUCUGUCCAUGCUUUUUGAUCAGGUUGCCCAGCAAAUUCGAGCUCCAGGUACAACACAGGGCCAUGUUUCCACUCCCAGAUCCAAAACUAAGAGGAUGUUUGGUAUCGACACAUCUUCUAGAAUAGGCCUGAUUAUCCAGAGCUACCUGAGCCUCGUCCCUGGCAUUGCCAACGACGAGGAGGAGAUGGCUGAGGCCACGGAGCUCUAUGACAACUGGUUAAAAUUGGAGCUGCUGGACCAUUAUGAGAGGAUGACCACGAAGAAGAGAAUGAGCACAGAGUCCAUGCAACAGUGGCUGGUAGGAGCGGCAAUCCAUCUGCACAUGAGGAUCCACCAGGUUCGUCUGCGUUCUGUGCCUUUAGGGUCAGUUGAGUCGUUGCGUUUGUCUUAUAAGACCGGAUUAAAUCACCUGAUUGAAGGCUACACUGCUUAUUUACACAGAAACAUAUUGGAAAAAGUGCCUUUAAACCCCAAACCUGGACCAGCCAUGUUGCUUAAAGACACCACCAUCAGUAAUGUCACCUCCUCCAGUGCCCUCAUUCCUAACUCCAGCAUGGUUAACUCAGCUGAUAACGUCAUUAAUUGGACCACACCCAGUCCAGCUGCAGGAAAUGCCAGUGGUUGUAAAACAAAUGAAUCCAGAGAAAACUUUGGACCCUGUGUGCUGAAAGGAAGUGAUAACACAAAAGAUGGUGUGAACACAAGGGAGGAGGAAGACAGCAUGCUUGGUCUAUUGGUCAUUGAGCCUCAGAGAAAAGUGAAUCACAGUGUUCAGCAUCACCCUUGUGAGUCUCCUGCCAUCCAACAGGAUUUGGUGACCCGUAUUAUGAGAGCGCAGGACCUGGAGCGCAACAGAAGCUUUUUCCUUUACUCGGAAAAAGUCUUCAGGAGCCUGCUCAUGCAGAAGAAUGACUUUGAGCUGAGGACAAAUUAGAUUAAAAUCAGUUUUGGGCAUUUCAUUUUUGCAUAUAUUAGGUCUGCUCACCACAGUUUGUUGAGAGCAUUAAUUCAGUUGAACUGUAAGAUUCAGAUAUAGUGAUUUAAACGUGUUAUAAAUAAAUAAAUAAAUAAAUAAAUAAAUACAU